UUCAGAAUCAGAACAAAAAACGCGGGAACCUUCCGGGCUUCUGGCGACCCCCCAAAUGGAGCAGUGGCUGCCGCUGUUCCGCCAUCUCCUCGUCUCUCCCGCCGCCAACGCCGUCGCCUUCUCCUCUUCCCCCUCCUCUGGAGACUGCCCCAGCGCGCCUCCCCCGGCCGCCGCGCUCCUGCGCCUCCUCCUCCUGCCAGCGCCCAUGCUCCCCGCCUCCGCCUCCGACCCCACGGCCGCCAUCCUCUUCCAGACCCUACCGCCGUUCCUCCAGUCCCAGGCGCUCUCCUUCCUCGCCUCCUCCGCUGACCUCCUCGACCCGCACCUCCUCCGCAUCCUCGCCGCCCGCGUCCUCUCCGCCCCGCCUGGCCGGUAUGGACUAUGGGUCGUCCGCGGCGCCCGCCACCUGAUCGACGGAUUGCCUGAAGAGGAAGGCGUCCCUGGUGUGGUCUCCGACGAGUUCAUCGAUGGGUUUCACGAUCCGCCAAUGUGGCUUAAAGAAGCGGCCGCGCGGGCGCAUCCUGUUCUGCCGUGGCUCCCUGUUGAUUGCCGGAGCUUGACGGGGAGCGGGAGCGGGACACGUGCUGGUCCUGGUGGUGAGGAUGGUUUGGACGGGAUUGGGUUGGAGACCUUGGUGUUGGUGCAAGACGAGGACGUGGAGAUGCAGGAGGCGCCUGGACGUGUUCUUCCUCAGGCUCCUCUGCUUGAGGACUCAAUCGUGCGGAGGGCCAUGGCUAUGCAGAAGGAGAUCGUGACAGUGGAAUCUGUCUUGGUGGCCCAGCGGGUGGCGAAGGAUUUGCAGGACCUUUGUGUUCAGUCCAGGAAUGCUGCUGAAGUGCUUAGCUUAGUACAGCCGUGGGAAGCUGACGAUGACACACUGAGGGUCCUGCUUUCAAAUUUAGUGCUUGAGGGAGAUGGAGUGGAUGGAAAAGGACCAGCACUUGUUUUGUGUUCUGUUUUCCUACCACAGUUACUCGAGCUUCAAAGACCACCUUCAUCGGUUCUCCUUUCCACUGCAUUGGGUCUCUGCAAGCGCCAUCCAGCUGCAGCACUGGAAGCUGUACUAUUUCCACUGGUUCUUAGAAAGGGCGGGCUAAAUGUUCCCCAGUGUGAUGUGCUAACACGUAUUAUCAAGGAAUGCAUGCAUCCACUGCACGUCACUGCUUUCUGCCAUAGGCUGCUUUCAGGAGAGGAUCAAGAGAGGAAACCAGUUUGUAUGCCUCAGCAUCAGGAGAGUAUUGGCAUCAAAGUUCCUGAGGUCCUUGAAAUUUGGCAACUUUCUGAAGUGCUUCGUGUCGAAGUGUUGGCAUGAAUGUAAGCAUCAGAGGGGUUUACUCAAGAGAGCUGCUGAGAGAACCGACACUUUCCUGACUAAAGCUGUGUUGGCAAAACUGCACCCAGCAAGUUGAAUUUAUACUGCUAAGUCAUUUAAACUCGAACAACUUGUGAGUCUACAUUUCUACUUAGAUUAACUGAAUGUUUUGGAAGGUCUUUUUAAUUUUAUAGAAGUACUCCUAUGCAUGCA